ACAGAUUUACAGAUCAUGGACAGACCAAAAGCUACUAUCAUCACCAGAUAUUAUAGACAUUUUGAUAUUCGAGGACAUGCGAUGCGACUGUCACUCUUACUUCUUCCACACGCUCUUCCCCGUAACUCUCACAAACUUCCCCUCUCCCCUCUCCCACUACUCCACCGCACCAUGGCAGCCUCCGCCACCACCAACGUCGAGCACAUAAGCCCAUCAAACACGCGCGUGGGUUGGAUCGGAACUGGUGUAAUGGGCCGCUCCAUGUGCGGCCAUCUUAUAAAAGCUGGUUACAAAGUCACCGUCUUCAACCGGACCCUUUCAAAGGCCCAACCCUUAAUCGACAUGGGAGCUCGCCUGGCUCAAUCACCUCUCGCUGUCGCUUCCCAAUCCGACGUCGUCUUCUCCAUCGUCGGCUUUCCCUCCGACGUCCGCAGCGUCCUCCUUGAUUCCACUUCCGGCGCCCUUCCAGGACUCCGCCCUGGCGGCGUCCUCGUCGACAUGACCACAUCUGAACCCUCCCUCGCCGCGGAGAUUUCAGCAGCCGCCACUAUAAAGGACUGCCACUCCGUUGACGCCCCCGUAUCCGGAGGCGACCGGGGCGCCAAGAACGGUAGCCUCGCAAUUUUCGCAGGAGGAGAUAAAACAGUCAUCGACAGGCUAAGUCCCCUAUUUGCCCUCAUGGGGAGGGUUAAUUACAUGGGUGCCACCGGGAAAGGUCAGUUCGCAAAAUUGGCAAAUCAAAUAACGAUAGCAUCAACAAUGGUUGGAUUAGUAGAGGGAAUUAUUUAUGCCCAUAAAGCUGGAUUAAAUGUUGAAUCUUAUUUAAAUGCAAUCUCAACCGGGGCAGCAGGGUCAAAGUCACUUGAUUUAUAUGGGAGUAGAAUUUUGAAGAGGGAUUUCGAAGCUGGAUUUUUUGUCAAUCAUUUUGUGAAAGAUUUAGGGAUUUGUUUGAAGGAGUGUCAAAAUAUGGGACUUGCUUUGCCAGGAUUAGCUCUGGCCCAGCAGCUUUAUUUGUCUCUUAAGGCUCAUGGUGAAGGGAAUUUAGGCACUCAAGCUCUUAUUUUGGCUCUGGAGAGGCUUAAUAAUGUUUCUCUUGAGAAUUUGGCUUCUUCCAAUUCGGCUGCGAAUUAGACCGGUAACAUUAUUGAGGUGUGAGGAAUAAUUGUAACUACUACAGUCUUUGUUAUGAGUGUUUGGAUUAUGAUGUUGAGGUUAUGAUGUUUUACAAUGUGUUCUUUUGAAA